CUAUCCGCAGAAGGAAAAAUAUUCUCGAGACCAGCGACAUCUCUACGAAACGAAAUGCACCCCUGCGCUGCAGUGCGACGGGGGUGAACCCACCACCGCGCCAUAUUUACCUCCUCAAUUUGCGUGCCGCGCCACCCCCGCACCUCAAAUGCUGCUGCUGCCCGCCCCUAUCGCCCCUAUCACCCUCGACGUCCGAUACAGAGGAAAUUCACUUUCGUCCACCAUGCAGCAGCAAGGUCGGCACGCUUCUCGACGCCCCGUAUCUUCCUCUCACCGCGGCGGCACCAGUACUCGCAGUAGCAACAGCACCGCAAUAUUAGACCCGCUGGACAGCAGCAGCAGCAGCAACCCUUCCAAGACCUACAUCUCCAGCACCCGGAAUAACAGAAGCAUCUAUGACACAUCUCCCGCAGCAUGA